CUCGGCUCAAUGAGAAGUUUUGUUCUCACGCGUAUAAAGCAUCGAAACAUGAGUGUUUCGAACAUAAAACAAUUUUUCGAGUAAUUUUAUCGCACUCAUUUAUCAGAGAAUCGUAAGUUUUGUAUCACAGUGACGUUGCUGAAAAGCAGGCAAAUGAAACAAUCAGUCCAAUUUCAUACCGAGUGAAGUGCAAGAUCAUGCUACGUUGCAUCUUCUUACUGAUCACGUGCAUAUACACAGCGCGAAGUAUUCCUUGCGUACAUCGCGAUUUUGGAAACAACGGAACAGUCUGUGUAUGCAACGCUACUUAUUGCGACAGCACUCCCGUAUCCGAGGUUCUAGACAUUGGUUUCUACAUCCGUUACUCAUCAAGUGAAAACGGCUUGAGGCUUGACGAAACGCGUGGCGUUUUCAGGAAAGAAUGCAGUCUUGCUGAUGCAGAUGGUUUCCAACUAGACCUCGGUACUACCUUUCAACCAAUUCAUGGCUUCGGAGGCGCGUUUACUGACGCAGCGAGCUUCAACAUAAGAACAUUGAGCCCUGGGGCUCAGGAAAAUUUAUUAAGGACAUACUUCAGCAAGGAAGGUAGUAAUUACAAUUUAGGACGUGUACCAAUUGGCGGAACUGACUUUUCUAAAAGGCCAUACACGUACGAUGAUCACGAAGGUGAUGUGCUACUGAAAAAUUUCAGUCUAGCAAACGAAGACUUACUCUACAAAAUUCCAUUGAUGAAGAAAGCUUUAGAAAUUAAUCCGGAAGUUAAAUUUUUUGCGGCAGCAUGGACUGCUCCACCCUGGAUGAGAACAAAUCACAAUUACACAGGUUACGGAUUUCUACGAAAAGAAUACUACCAGGUAUACGCUAGAUAUCAUGAAGAAUUUUUGAACAAAUACGAGGAUCACGGAUUGAAAAUGUGGGCUAUUUCGGCAGGCAACGAACCCUUUUACGGUAUGCUAAGCAUCACUUAUUACAACAGUAUGGGAUGGCUACCGAGAGAUGUCGGCACAUGGAUAGCGAAUAACCUUGGUCCAACCAUCUGCAAAUCGAAGCACAGCAAAACUCUGAUUAUUGGCUAUGACGACGCAACGUCAGGUUUGGUCUCAUACGUCAAUGAAACAUUUUCGAAUGGGUUAGCUAGAAAGUAUAUAGCCGGUAUUGCUAUUCAUGGAUACACAGACACAAGCAUUCCCGCAAACGUACUUGACGGCGUCCAUGAAGACUAUCCUGAAAAGUUUCUGAUCCUUACUGAGUAUUCGAAUGGAAGUCCAGAUGCAGAAACUGGAAUUCUUGCUUUGGGUUCUUGGGAUCGCGGAGAAGAAUACAUAUUGGACAUCAUUCAAAAUUUACAAAACUGGGUAACUGGCUGGGUGGACUGGAAUCUUGCUCUGAAUAUAUAUGGCAAACCCAAUUGGAGAGGAAUCUUAGGAGAUGCUGCGGUUAUCGUAAAUCCAGAAAGCGACGAAUUUUACAAACAGCCAAAGUAUUACGCCAUCGCGCACUUUAGCAAGUUCAUUCCACCAGGUUCGAUAAGAAUAGGACUUACCCACGGCAUGACAUCCGUCAAGGCUGUGGCUUUCAAAACACUGAAAAACGAGACGGUCGUUGUGAUGUAUAACACAUACCUCACAGACCAGAAUGUGACUAUUUACGAUUCAAGAAGAGGGCAGAUCUCGUUAAAGUUACCACCGAAAUCUAUUCACACCCUCAUAUACUAUUAGGGCACGGUGUGAUUGAUUGAAUAUGCGCAUCAUCGUAUAAACAUAUUGCAGUAACCCGUAAGAAAUACGUGCAAAUCAUAUUACAGAAUCUCAUAAGCCGGAUGAUUAUGUAAACAGUAGCAUAUUGUGAUGCAAGUGUGGAAAGUAAGUGAUUCCAAAUGGGUUUGAAGUUUGCAUCGUGAGCCGCAAAGUCAAGCGUUGCAAUAGCACGAGUACUCAUGUGAACUCAACAGAAGUCAAUACAAGGCGAGCU